AUGGACCCCUUCAACAAUUCCUACUAUAAUUUUUCUGGAAAAACUGCGUUUUCCAUUUUUUCACCGAAAAAGAUUGGGAAGAAUUUUGAAAGGAUGUUUCCAUCGAGAAGAGUUAUGGCGUUCUAUAUGAUGAGUGAGGUAUUAUCUGUGAUUUGUCGCGCCAUGCCUCCUUCCCUCAUUGAGGAACGACAGGCUUUGCUCCACAGUGGUUGGUGGAAUGAUUACCUAAAUAUCUCAGACUACCGAAAUAUCUCAGAUCAUUGUUAUUGGCCGGGUAUCUUUUGCAAUGAAACUCUAAGAAGUGUUGCUAGUAUUGACAGUGGGUCCAUCAAGAUUCCUUCAUCAAAAGAAUUGCUUUGGAUUGAGAAGUUGAACGUCAGUGCCUUCCCCAAUUUAGUCUCUCUGCAUCUAUCUGGAAUGGGUCUUAGAGGAACCAUCCCCACAGAUAUAGGUUCUCUUACAUACCUUACCUCUCUUGAUUUGUCCAACAAUGGUCUCCAAGAAUCUCUUUCUUGUUCUCAUCUAAUUGCAGGUUCAAUCCCUCCAACUUUAGGUCGAUUGGAGAACUUGGUACAUCUCUGCCUUCAUUCUAAUCAACUAGAAGGUCACAUACCCGAGCAUUUAGGAAAUUUGUCCAAAUUAGAAGCUUUGCAACUAUCUCAUAACAAAAUUUCGGGUUUAUUACCUCCCAAACUUUUGCAAAUGGACAAAAUGUCCUCUUUAAAUCUCUCGUCCAAUCAAUUAUGUGGUUCAAUCCCAUUAAAAACAAUGAGAUGUCCCUUUGCUACAAUAGUUGAUUUGAGUCAUAACUUGUUUAAUGGAAAUAUAACCUCUCAAAUUGGUUGUGUAAAUGACCUUAAUCUUAGUCACAAUUUUCUUGUUGGUGAGAUUCCAUCUCCUUUUACAUGGAGCUCCGAACUUAGACGAUUGGAUCUCAGUUAUAAUAAUCUUUCAGGUAAAGUACACAAGGAACUUUCUAGUCUAUCAUACAUAAACCUUGCAUACAAUUCCUUGGACUUCUCACAAGACCUUGACUCAAAAUUGAAGGUACCAGACUAUUGUUUUUUCAAGGAAGACUCGUUAAUUGAUGAUAAUCACAUGCUAAAUUUCACAUAUUGCCACUUAUUGAACCACACGAAUCCUCAAACUAGAAAAAGUAAUCCCAUGAUCAUGUUAAUUAUUCUUCCUAUAAUUUUCUUCAAUCUUUUUGUACUCCUUCCAUUAAUAUAUUUCUCAAGAUGUAUUCCUAAGAAAAAUUGUGGACGAAUAUCAACAAAGAAUGGAGACUUGUUUUCUAUAUUCAAUUAUGAUGGUAAAAUUGCAUUUGAGGAUAUCAUUGAAGCAACUGAAGACUUUGACCUCAAGUACUGUAUUGGGACAGGCGGAUAUGGUAGUGUUUAUAGAGCACAAUUACCCAGUGGUAACGUUGUAGCAUUAAAAAAGCUUCAUCGAAUGGAAUCUCAAAAUCCAUCUUUCAACAAAAGUUUCCACAAUGAGGUGAAAAUGUUAACAGCAAUUCGUCAUAGAAACAUUGUAAAGCUUCAUGGCUUUUGCCUCCACAAUCAAUUCAUGUUUCUUAUAUAUCAAUACAUGGAAAGAGGUAGUUUAUUUUAUAUUUUGAAUAACGAUAUGGAAGCUCAUGAGUUGAAUUGGAGUAAAAGGGUAAAUGUCAUUAAAGGGAUGGCACAAGCUUUAAGCUACAUGCAUCAUGAUUGUACCACACCAAUGGUUCAUCGAGAUGUAACAAGUAGUAAUGUUCUAUUAAACUCACAAUUAGAGGCUUGUGUCUCAGACUUUGGUACAGCUAGACUCCUGGAUCCUGAUUCUUCAAAUCAAACCUUGGUAGUUGGCACUUAUGGCUACAUUGCCCCAGAGUUUGCUUAUACAUUGACUGUGACAGAAAAAUGUGAUGUUUAUAGUUUUGGGAUAGUGACUUUGGAGACAUUAAUGGGAAAACAUCCUAGAGAGUUAAUCUCAACUUUAUCAAACCCAAUAACUCAAAAUAUGUUGGUGAAAGAUCUCUUGGAUUCACGUCUCCCUCUUCCUCUUGAGAAAGAUGCUAAAGAUGUAAAUCUUAUGAUAAAUGUAGGAUUAUCAUGUUUGUGCUCCAAACCAAACUUGAGGCCAUCAAUGCAACAAGUGAUUGAGAAACUCUUUAGUUUUACAUUGCCAUUAGAUUUGCCUUUCCAUGAAGUUUCCAUCCAUCAAGUGAUGAGCCAAGACAUAUUUCAUCUUUCAUCCAAGUUUCAAGAAUGAACUCUAAUGAGCCAACGUUAUGGGAAGUAACAAUGUUUUGUAAGAAAUUAUCCUUCACUAAAUGCAACAAAUUUAGGUCAUUGUUGUUUUUUUAUAGUUUACAUUAAUAAUUUCUUUGCUAUUUUGGUUACCUUUAUUUGUUUAUAUUGUGACUGAUCAUGGAAUCGUUCACCUUUCUCAUAAUAAAAUUUCAGGUUUAAUACAUCCAAAACUUUUGCAAAUGGGCACAAUAUCCUCUUUUUAAAGCUUCGUGACUUUUUUUCCACAAUCGGUGCAUGCUUUUGGUAUAUCAAUACACGAAAAGGGAUAGUUUAUUUUAUAUUUUGAUCCAUCAAUUGAUGAGUUCAUACACAGGUUACCUUUCUUCCAAGUGUCAAGAAUGAACUCUAACGAG